CAUGUUCGAUUGAAAAAAUCAAGCAUACCAAUACACGCAAAUGACAACAACAACAAGUGUCUGCAAAUGAAUAUCAUAAAAUGCAAUUUUAAUCAAGGAAUCAUCCACAUGAACACGCCCGAUGUCUGUCAGCGAUCCCCUACUGAAGAAGUUAAAAGAUUUUGUCCUGGCAUUACGCUCAAAGGAUGAAGAAGUGAAAGACUCCAACAAGCUUCUGUGUCCACUAUGUGAGAACCUAGAGCACAUCUUUUUUAAAGGAUUGAGAGCAAGUGUAUCAUGGCUAGGCUCAAGUAAAACAGAAUACUGGACAUGGAUUUCCAAAUUUCCUGUUCUAUCAGAACAAUAUAGAGUAAAUCCAUUGUUGUGUAUGUCUGUAACAGCUGUGAAAAAAUGUGAAAAGACUAAACGAGACCAAGGGAAAGGUAGAAACUUCAUUAGGAUAGCCUUGGUGAGGAAACUGCUAGUUAUUGUGAUCACAUUUAUGAAAAACAAUCCAAGAUUUACACAGUUGUACUAUGAAGAAGAAGACUCCAUUAUAGGAAAUGAAAUACUGUCUGAAAUUUUCUUGUCACUUCUACAUGAGCUACAGCAAGUUACAUUCAGUCUUCAACUAAAGAAUGCAAGUUUCUUGGAUAUAUGCUGGGAACUUCCUGUGUAUAAGCAAUAUGAGUUAGUGCCUUCAGAGGAUCUUGGAUUAGAUAUAAGAACUGUGAAAGGAUAUCCAAUUGUAACACAGGUAGACCCAAACAGCGUGGCUGGUGAAGAUGAUAAAGUGUGUGUUGGAGAUGUGUUGGAUGAGAUGUGUGGACAAAGUCUGAGGGGUGUUGGUAAAAGUGGGGUGUAUUAUAUCUUUAACCAGAAUGAAGGCCAGCCAGUACAGAUUUGUGUUCUAAAGGUAUGUUGAAAAACAAAAACAACAACAAAAAACACCCAAUAACAAGAAAAUGUAUCAGCAUGAUACUGAAGUCUGAAAC